AUGCCUUCCUCCCUCACCAACAUCUUCAUCAACCUCGCCAUCCUCGGGUUCCUUGCCUGCUGGGCCCAGUACACCGGCAUCCUCCCUAUCUUCACCAUGCUCUACCGCAAGGCGCAGGCCGCCACGCUUGAGCAGCUCCUCACCUUCCGCAAGAAGGCGCACAAGCACGACAUCAUCACCCCCACCCCCACCACUGUCGACUCUGACUCUGCCUCGGUCAGCUCGACCUCUUCCACCUCUUCAACCUCCACCACAUCCACCACCUCCACCGAACCCUCGUACAACCCCAGCCGCGACCCGGCCAACCGCAUCUCGGACGCUGAGCGCGCCACUCUCGAGGCCCUCGCGAUCCUUAUCCCCAAGCUGUCCCGCAAGGACAAGUCGAACCUCCGACGCCGCAACAGGUGGCUCGAUAUGACUGCCCGCAAGUACGGCCGCAAGGCGUACUGGGUCGGCACCUACGACCAGCUCUGCGUCGCUGCCGAGUUUGUGCCCCAGCUCACCAUGACCGAGGCCGAGUUUGAGCGCUCCCAGGCGUUCUGGAACAAGCACUUUGCCGAAGAGCAGGCCAAGAGGGAGGCCAAGUCCAGGAAGUUUGCCUUUAAGUCGCUGGUCGACCGUUGGCACUCUAACUGGUGA